GACUUGGUCACUUCCAGACAGCAAAAUCCAGUAGAAAAAGAGCAGCAGAGGAGAAGGCUCCGAGUGCACUUGCAGACACACGGAUUCAAACUCUAUUUCUCAACUGGUGGGCACAAACGGAGUUGGGAACUGGUUUCAUCUCCACUGGCUGGAUGGAGCUGUUAAAGCAUUUUAAAAAGAAGUUGGUUCUCGUCUUCAUCACUGCACUCUUCCUCUUUUUGGUCUUCACUGUGAAAACGCCCAGCACAUACAACUCAAUCCCAAAACCAUCUGGGCUGCCAAGUGCUUGCUCCAUGAGGAUAUCCGAGCAGACCAUCACGCCGCUUAACAAUACCAAGCACUUACUGGUGUCAGCCUACAUGGACCAAAGAGUGAAGGAUUUUGAUAUACGCAUCAUUGGCAUAUUUAGGAGAGACUCCAUCCAACCCCUUCACUGCUUUUUCUGCUGUAUUGGUUAUUUGAGUAAAACCACUCCAGCAACAAUUUUACAGCAUCCAGAUAACUUUGGUUUUCCCUUUGUCACUACGGAUGUCAUGUGUCAGAUUCCUCAGAACUGCAAUGCGACACAUGUCACUCUCUUGACUACACCAGACAAAGAGAGUCCAUCUACUGAUCAAUGGCUCCCAAUAAGAAACAAAGACACAGUUGGUCAGAAGGAAGAAAACAUGCAGUUUGACUUCACAGUCUGCAUCUCUAACCUCUUUGGUGACUACAACAAUGUGCUUCAGUUUGCACAGACUCUGGAGAUGUACAAGUUGCUGGGUGUGAACAGAGUGGUGAUCUAUAACACCAGCUGUGGUCCAGAGCUCAAUCGCCUGUUGCAGAGUUACAGCGACGAGGGCUUUGUGGAAAUGGUUCCUUGGCCCAUUGACAAGCAUCUGAAUCCAUCUCGUGGCUGGCUUCACUCAGAGCAUGGAGGAGACGUGCACUACUUUGGCCAGCUGACCACACUUAAUGAGUGCAUUUACAGAUCAAUGGAGCGUUCUCGCUACGUCCUGUUGAAUGACAUUGAUGAGAUUAUAAUGCCUUACCAGCACGAUGACCUGAUGUCUUUGAUGAACACGCUCCAAAAUCAGCAUCCAAAUGCAGGGGUGUUCCUUAUUGAGAAUCAUAUUUUCCCAAAGAAACACUUUGAGCCAAGUGGACGGUUUCACCUGCCUCAGUGGAACGGGGUGCCAGGAAUUAAUAUUCUGGAGCACAUCUACAGGGAGGACCCCGCCAGAAACGUAUACCAUCCACACAAGAUGAUAGUUCGGCCAAGAAUGGUGGAGUGGACUUCAGUCCAUGAAGUGAUCAAGAAUUUUGGAGAACGCUACAAGGUUCCACUAGAUGUUUGUCGGAUCAUUCAUGUCCGUGUGGCUCUACAGGGAUCAUUAACCCUGGAGCAACUUAAUGUGGAUAAACGACUGUGGGACUUUCAGGAAAAACUCAUUCCCAACGUGGACAAGGUGUUGAAGAGGGUGGGGAUGUUGAACUUGACAUAGAACUAAUGGAUAAAACACAGUGAAUCAGAUCGUGAAUGUGCAUCUUUGAAUCAGGGGCAUUUGUGAAUUCAUUGUGUCAUUGUUUUCUGAAUAUUUUGCACCAAGUGCCAGUAAAAUCCCUACACUUACCUGAAUAUGGCUUAAUUGCCUACUUUGAAUAACUACAAGCGUUUUGAAGAACACAUUGGUUCCAAUGCUGUGUGAUAUGAGUGUGACCAUUUAAAUAGUCCUUAAUAUAAAACUGUUGACUUGAAGAACUGCAAAUAUUUUAACUGUCCUGCCUAUGCCACCUGAAGAGAGUAGAAACAUUUACUAAAUCCACAAUAUAACGUCCCAUAGAAUUUGCCCAGUUGUCAGGUUGGAAGAAUCAGAGAUGGGGAAAGCAUUUUUAUCUGGGGUGGCUGUAGCUCAGGAGGUAGAGCAGGUCACCUAUUAAUUGUAAGGUUGGUGGUUUGAUCCCUAUCGAGUCACCACAAUAUGCCAAGUAUUCUUUGGCAAGACAAUAACACCAAGUGUCUCUGUAAUGUGUUAGAUAGAAAGAGCUUAGGGAAUAAAGUUUAAAUACUAUUUUGAGAGUAAAGUCAACAUGUAAAUACAAGGUCUUGAAGGACGAGGCCCUUCCUCCUAAGGUCUAAGGAUAAUGUUGGUAAUAUAAAAUUCUUAUAUAUUUUAUCAUUUGUUGUGACCUUGACCCAGUUUUCCCCAAAAUGAAAGGCUCAUGCUGUUAUUGGUAUGAACCAUCACAGUUUGAAAAUGAUAUCUUAGACCUGUACUCGCAUUCCAGCCUUUACAUUCAUUACAUAAUUUACAUUCAAUAACUAGAGACGGUUGUGUGAGAAAAGUAAAUAAGCAUUUUGUGAAAUACUCAGAACAGCCAGAUUGGCACCAACAACCAUGACACGUUCACUAAAAACACCUUUGUUCACCAUUCAAAUACUGUUUUGACUUCAGGGAGUUGUCUUGACCAUGGUCGUGUCCAAAUUCAUGGGCUGCAUCCUCCUGAGGCCGCAUUU